AUGAUCAUAGUGGCAGUAGGUGAUAUUUUAGUUUCUGGUGUUCAUGCUAAUGUAAAUAUGGUUCAAAGAAGAUUUUUGUGGUAUGAAAUGCAGAUGAUUAGUGACCUCAAGAAGCCUUGGUUAGUCAUUGGUGAUUUCAAUUUAAUUCUUUCAAUUGAAGACAAAGUUGGUGGGAAAUCUCCUUCAAGAAGAUCAAUGCUUGAAGUCGGUGAAUAUUUAAAUACAUGUGAUCUUAUACAGGCUCCUAAAGUUGGUUUAGAUUUCACUUGGUCAAAUUGUCAGCAUGGGAGUAAAAGAAUAUUAUGCACUUUGUACAGAACUGUGUUUAAUAUGGAAUGGUUAAGAUUAUAUAGUGAUUGGGGUUACAAAGUUGAUGCUAGGGUAGUAUCUGAUCACUCUCCUUUAAUGGGGGAGGGUGUGAACAUUCCUAGACCUACAAAUGUUCCUCUCAGGUUUCAGAAAAUGUGGUUGGAGCACCCUGGUUUCAUGAAAGUUGUCGAAGAUAGUUGGGCUGAGCCAGUAAAUGGAGAUCCUGCUUUUACACUAAUAUAUAAACUGAAGAGAUUAAAAAUAAUAUUGAAAGAAUGGAACUUGAAGAUUUUUGGUAAUGUUCAAGUCGAGAUUAAGGAAGAAGAAAAGUUAGUUCAAGAAAAGAUGAUAAUUUCUUAUUCUAAUCCUCAUGAUGAACAAGCUUUAGCUGACUUGGUAAUGGCUCAAAAUGAUCUAAACUCAAAAGAAGUUCCGCAUUGCAUUAUGAUGAAACAAAAAUCAAGAAUUAAAUGGGCUACAAAGGGUUCAUCUAAUACAAAUUUCUUCCAUACAAAUGUUAAAAUAAGACAAACUAGAAAUAUGAUUUGUGAACUUGAGGAUGAGAAGGGAAACAUAGUAGCAGAUCAAGAUAAAAUAACAGAUGUUUUGGUUAAAUUCUUUCACCAUAAAUUUCAGUAUAAAGAAGUAACCAUAGAUGAUUCCUUGUUGGAUAUUAUUCCAAAUUUAAUAUCAGACCAAGAUCAAGUUAUGAUUGAAGUAGUACCUGAGUUAGAAGAAAUUAAGAAUGCAGUUUUCAGUAUGAAUGCAGAUGGAGCUCCAGGACCAGACAGCUUCUCAGGCAAUUCAAUAUUGUUGGAGGAGAAAAUAUAUCCCAAGGGGCGUGAAUUCCAAUUUUUAGUACUACUUCCUGAAGUUCAUGGUGCAAAGAAACCAAAUCAGUUCAGACCUAUUGGAUUAAGUAAUUUCAAUUUCAAAAUUUUUACACAAAUACUAGCUACAAGAAUGAAUGAUCUGAUGAGUAAAUUAGUUUCAAAGCAGCAAGCAGCAUACAUAAAAGGUAGAAGUAUACAUGAACAAGUUAUGUUAGCUUCUGAGUUGGUGAAUGAAAUGAAGCAUACAAUAAGAGGAGGUAAUGUUGGGUUGAAACUUGACAUAUCACAAGCAUAUGACUCUGUGAGCUGGGACUUUUUGUUUAAAGUACUUCGAAAAUAUGGUUUCCCUGCAGCUUGUUGUGAGUGGUUAAAAACAUUGUUUGCAUCUUCUAAAAUCUAUAUCAUGAUAAAUGGUGGACCUCAAGGUUUUUUCUCAAUGGAGAGAGGAUUAAAACAAAGGGAUCCUCUAUCUCCUAUUCUGUUUGUUCUUAUGGAAGAACUAUUGAGUAGAAAUUUAACCAAAUUGGUAAAACUGAAGAAGCUGCGACCAAUGGUUAUCAUGAAAGGUGUGUACCCCACUCAUCUAUUUUUUGCAGAUGAUGUUUUCAUCUUCAGUAAUGGCUCAACAAAAAAGUUUAGAAGCUCUCGUCACUCUGCUCAAGAAUUAUCAGGACAGUUCUGGUCAGAUAAUCAACAAACAGAAAAGUAA